AAUUGGCCAUUGAGUUGGCCGCAGCGAACUGACCAAGACGAAGUGGCCCUGGUGACUUAGUUGCGGCGAGUUGUCCCAUUCCGCCCCGAGGCGGUUGCGUCUUGGGACUUCUAGCCCCGAUACUUCUGGGUGUUACGGAACUGUCCCCGGCAGAGCUCCUGGGCUGCCCGUCGGCCUUGCCACUCUAAGCAAAAACAGCGCGGCCGACGGAGCCUUUUUGCCUUCCGCGGCUCAAUUAAGAGGAUUGGCUAUCGUGAAGAGGGGGCGGAGUGCCGGGCGCGAAGCCCCCUGAGUAGCGGCCCAGCGAGCUUAAGCGCGGACAGAGGUGGACAAACGGACGGACGGACUGCCUGGGCCGGGCCUCCAUGAACUUGCUGAAGGAGCGGCGGCGAGGCCGGCCGGAGGAAUCCUGCGCCCCUCAGCCCGAGCGCAAACGAGUGUGCAAAAAUUUGGAGACUGUUCCACAGGCAAUCAAUCCCUGCCACCCAUUAAGCAACUGUUUUAUGGAUUACUGGGCUGUGAAGUGGAAUUUGAAGGAGAAUGAUCUCACUGAAUUGUUCAGUACUCAGAUUAUGAAGGAGAAACCAAGUUAUAUGAUAUUUACGGAUAAUGAAGCCAAAGCUACUGCCCAGCCAUGUCCAAGAUGUAUUGCUGGUGAAUCUGGACACUUUGGUCAUAUGAUGGGUUUAUAGAAGAUCAAAGAACAUUGAUACAGAUGAUAAGCUCAAGCUUAUCAAACUUAUGUAUAAUAGGCUUGAGUUGCUAAUAUUUUCUUCACUUCUCUUAAAAAUUCCUAUUUUCAAUAGAAUCCCAUUUUAGUUUACUUUUUAAUAUCUUAUAUUAUCUAUUGUUUAGGAAAAAAGUUCUCCACUUCUAAUAACAUACAUAUCGUGUACUACUAGAAGCAUAUUUUCCUGAAUAUAAGCUCUUAAUUGCAUUAUUUUCACUCCAUACAUCUUGCACUGAACACCCAAAAUGUAUGCUGUUUUUAAAUGAACCUUGACAGCGAUAGUCAGAAUAAGUAUCUGUUUCAAAUAGAGAUCUGUUCUCCCAAUCUUAAAAUAAUAUCAAAGGAAUUAAAUUUUGCUGAUUAGCAAUAUUCUGUGCAUUUCCACCAUUUAGUAAAACUACUUUCUAAUACAGUCCCACAAAUUCUUGGGAAAGAGGGCUGGGGAACUUUAGAAUCUUGUUGGCUGAAUGAAUCCUAUCUGAGUGACAAAAAACUUAAUGUUAAGAUAAGAACUAGUUCUUUUUUACAUGAAAUAAAAAAUAAGUCAAAUGCAGUUCUUUGGUUGUUGCAAGUAAACCUUAUUUUAAUCUGCAUAUUUGCUGACUAUGUCAUAAAAUGCCCUUGAGGUUGUUCAAAUUAUUUUAAAAUGCCAGAUUAAAUCAAUUACUUUUAAAACAAUUUUUAAAACGUAUACAUCAAGUACAUUUUCAUGGGUUUAUUUGUAAUUCAGCAUUACAGCAAGAAGACAUAGACUUGCUUCUAACAACAAAGUUUAUGAAAGCACUUUAUACAAAAACAUUA